AUGUGUGGAAACGAAUUAACAAACGAGCAAAGAGACCAAAUAAUCGGUGCUUAUCUUGCAGGUUCAAAUGCCCCAAAAAUAUCAGCUGCGCUGAGUAUUGCCUGUACAACAGUAUAUGAAACUAUAGAUCAUUAUAAAAAAACUGGUUUUCCAUAUCCUAAAAAACGAUCUGGUCGUUCAAAAGCUCUUUCAUCUUGUGAUCAAC